CGCUGCCCUCCUGUUAUUGUAGGUGUUUAUCAAAAUGGCGAACUGAACAAUACAUAGUAUGAGAAAAGAUGUUAUUACAAAAAUAAUGUAAACGUCUGUUAUAUGAUAAUUAUAAGAGUGAAAAUUAAAAUGUUACAAAUGUGGUAAUUUUUGAAUACAACUCAUCAAUCAAGUGAAGUGAAGGGUUUUUUGGCUUUUGAAAUAAACAAUAUCACUUAACGUGCUGUUAUGGCUGAUUCAGAUUGUGCACCUCCUGGUACAGAAGUUGAAAAACAAGAAAUUAGUGAUAAAAUGGACGAGCAAACAGAACUUGAGAGGCAUAUUUUGACUUUAACUGUAAAGUUGGAUGAUGGCACAAAGGCAAAUGUAUUCACUCGAAAUGGAUAUAACAAUAGUGGAUGGUAUUCAUAUAGCUGCAAUAUAUGCAAAGUUCCGAACUUAUCAGCUAGCUGCCUUCAGAUGCAUUUGAAUGGAAAGAAACACCAGAGCAAACUUCUCUUGCCCGUGUUAAGUGCAAAAUUAUUUUAUGCACAACAGAAGAAACCAGAAAACAAAUUACCAGAAUUAUGUUUGGCUCCUGGAGAACCCGUACCUCCUGGCUUCGAGGGGGAAGUAAAAGGAGUUGCAGAACUUCAAGCAACGCUAGAUGAUUGUAAAAGUCCAUUAAUUGGGCUGGAAUAUCUGACUGAGCUUAUUGGGGAUCAGAAAGAACCUCAAUAUGUAUGCAAUCUAUGUGAUAAGAGGGGUGAUCCCAGGACGGUGAUGGCUCACUUGACUAGCUACAAUCAUCGAUUGUGGUACCUGGAAAACCACUUUCCAACUGUAUACAAAUCUUUAUGGAUGUGGAGAAAUAACAAAGAAUAUAAAAAAUUGGUACCCACUGUAGUACAGAAUAUUGCAGAGGCAAUUGAAAUAAAAUAUGGUCGAACUACUCCUUUCAUUGUUGAUAAGGAUUUAUUCGAAGCCAAUAAAAAAAAAUACUAUGAUGAAGCUGUUAAUGAUAAGCAUUUUUCUGAAAAGAAUGGACCCACAUUUAUAAAUUUGGUCAAUAAGCAAGUAUUUGAAGAACUAAAGCAGAAACAGCUAGAAGAAGAAAAAAUUAAAAAAGACAAAGAAAACGAACUUGCCAAGCGAAAAAUUGAAUUAAGUAUUGAAAAUUCAUCUGAAAAGAAAAGCAAGUUUGAUGCUGCAGAAAGUGCAUCAAAAGUAUAUGAUGAUAAAAAGAACUAUGAUGACAUUUCAAGUAUUUCGAGCUCUUCAUCAAAAGGAUCUAGGUCGAGAAGCAGGUCGAGAACAAACCGUCCUACAAGAAUAUAUAAUGCAAGAUCCCGAAGUCGGGAAUAUAAUAGAAAAUAUCCUGUCUAUAGAGACCGAGGUCGUUCUCGUUCUCGGUCUUAUUCUCCAGUCAGGUACAGCGAGCGCUAUUAUCGUAGUAAUAACUACCGAAGCCGAUCGCGCUCUAAUUCCAGAACUAGGUCUACUUCUAGAAAUAGACUUUUGCAUAAGUCUUACGAUCGUGACCUCUAUAGAAAGCCAAGAAGGCUUUGGGAAACGAGUAUGGGUAGAGGAGGAUACACACAUGAAAAAUCCGAAAAAAGAAUUAAUGUCCCUUCAGCAGCCAGACCAUCUACUGACACAAAGCGUCAGAUAGCUCCCACACCAAAAGAGCUUGUUCAACAGGCAUCAAAAUUAUCCGCUGAAAGAUAUAAUUUAGAAAAAUAUCGUUUUGCUGUUGAAAUAAUGGAAAGUGAAAUGGAAAAGGUAUUAGCAAGUCAUGAGAAAAGCCCUGAAAAACAUCCUUUAUAUCCCGAUGAGUGGAAGAAGUUUUGGAAUCGAAGAUAUAAGGAACUUCAAGCGGAAAAUAAGGAUCCAGCCAAACAUGACUUCAAAACUGAGUGGAUUAAAUUUUGGACGGAGCGUAUGAAACAACUGCAUAAAGAGGAAAUUGAAAGCAAGCGAGUUAAAUUGCGAGAAAAAUAUAAUAUUAAAGAAAAUGCUGAAGAACAGAGUGUUAAUAAUCUUAAGGAGCAAUAUAUAUUGAAAGUUAAACCUUCAUGCCAUAUUGAUUCGGAAAUCAUAGUUCUUGAUGAUGAUAGGGUUAGUGACAGACAAUCUGGGACUAGUCAACACAGCGAAAAUAAGAGAGCACCUAGCAGAUCAUUAAAGAGUGCAAGUCCUUGGGAUGAUGAUGACGAUUUUGAUGUAAAAUCUAGAGUGUCAAGAGCAUCUUCCAAGCGAAUUAUACAUGAGACUGGUGAACGCAAUAAAACUUAUGACGAAUGGGCUAAAGAUUAUUAUGGUCCCAAUAAAUCAAAGACAACAUUCAUUCGAGAAUUACACACAAGCAAUGAACAAUAUCCAGCUUUAGAUCCUUCCGAAUCUCUAAAUAUAGUUUCAGUUUUGAGACUAUUAACAGCAUUAGAAGAUGUUCUAGGUAGUUUAGGGCCAAAAAUAAUCAAUAUGCUUUCUACUGCUUUAGCAAUGGAAAAGAAUAAAGCCAAUUCUGCAGAGGAUCUAUUAUUGAAUGAUGCAAACAGUGUAAUGUUUGAGACGGUUAAGGAGAAGCUUAAGGGACAAUUGUUUGCCGGAAUUCUUGAUACACAGAAAAUUCAACCAGUUAAAACGGCUAUCCAAAAAAUAGCAACAUUGUUACAUCAAGCCUCAGAAAAACAAAAGCAGAAUGAAGAAGAAGAGCGCAAAGCUUUGGCUGCCAAAAAACUAGAGCCAGUAUCUGUGCCAGGUGUGGGUGCUGUUGAUAAAGCAGCAAUAGCUAAACAAAUUGCAAAUGCUCUAAUGGCUCAGGGUAAACCAAAUGUCACCACAGAUGAAUUAGAACAACUUAUCAAUGCAGUAGUAGGAAUGGCAGGUGCAUCUCAAGCAUCCAGUAAACCUUUGACAACGGCUGCUUAUUUAGCCCAGUUACAAAACACAAAACUAGUAGACGAAGUUAUUACUGAAGAUACAGAAAAAUCAAAGAUAAUUAUAGAAGAUGAUAUACAAGAUAAAAAAGAUCCAAUGGAUGGUUUAUCCGAUUCUGACUUGAAAACCUUACUUCAAAAUUUUAGUAACUUAUCUAAUGAUGAACAACAUGGGUUAAUCAUGUACCUGAAGAAACUAGAAGCUCGAGAACCAGAAAGAGUUGAAAAUCUAAGAAAAUUUGUGAAUGUUGAACAAUUUGAGAGUGUAACAGAAAACAAAAUUGAUAAGUCAGAUACAUUUCAACAAAAUUCAGGGCGUUCAAGUCCAUUUUCUAAUCGAGAAGGUGUAACAAAUCCAAGCUCUGAAAUAACAUUCAAUAAUUCCAACAGUUUAAGCAAAUCUAGUGAUGAGAACACUAAAUUUGAAGAACAUCACCUUAUAGAGUCUGAUGAUGAAGAUUAUAGUUAUGAAGAUGUCUUCAAAGCUGCUUCCAAGAAUGUCAAAGAGAAACAGCUCCAGAAAGAUAUGAAACUGAUUAAAGACACAAUCACUAGGGACCGAGAAAGUGCAAAUACAAUUUCUGAUAAGGAUAUGACGCUUGUGGAUGCUACUUCACUCAUUGCAAAUUUAAUGCGCUCUCUGCAAAACAAAUCAGAUAAUAUAAGACCAAGUUCUGAAUCUUUAGAGCAAACUACUAAGAAGUCAGAUCCUAAUAUUCCACAAAUUGCGAACACAACAGUACCUUAUGACAACAGUUUAGAGGCAUCAAAUUCAAGAAAUUAUCCUGAUCCAACAUUAGAUUUAAUAAAUUUGAGGCCACAUAGCAAUAGCACAUUAGAUACAUCAAACAUAAGAAUAAACCCAUCAAUGAGUAAUAUUCGAGGUUCAUCGACUUGUUCUGAUCCACACUUCAAAAUGCAACCUAAUUCUUUGGAUAAUUCAGGAUCUUAUUCCGACUAUUCAGAUUUGUCAAGUUCAAGAAUAAAUCCCAACUUCUCAAAUUGUAGUAGCAUGAGAUUGAAUCCAAAUACAUCUGAUUUGUCCAAUGUUAGAUUACUUGGUAAUAGUAAAAAUACGACUCAGUUUAAUCAAAUGAAUUCCGGUCCGCAGAAUUCUAAUCGAACAUUUUCAACGUCAUUUCUGAAUGAUAGGGAUUCAAACUUUAUGCAAACAGAUAGUCUUGAUAAAAACGCUGCAGAUUUACAUGGCAAUAACAGUUAUCAGAAUAGUCAUACAAAUUCUUUUUUAUCAGGCAAUUUGUAUGAUCAGAAUAAAUUUAGAGAUAGCAAUUGCCCCCCAGGCCAAUCCUUGCAACAAAGCUACAAUCAACAGUACGGCAGGUCCUCUUAUGACUUAAAUAAUUUUAAUAGCAGUUCAAAUAAUGGUUAUGGAGGCUUAGAUCAAUCAAGAUACAGUCGCUUUGGUGGUUCUAAUCUGGAACAACGAUUUAGUAGUCAAGUGAGGCAAUCAAAUAUUGAUAAUCACAGAUUUUCCCUUCUCAAUCAGGAUUACAACAAUAGAAAUUCUUAUCAACUGGGUAUGCAAAGAUAUGGUCAGAAUAAUAAUCGUUUUCCUUCCAGGGGAGGGCGUUUCAAUUAA